AUGUCAAUUCCUGACGGAGAAUACGAUUUGGAUUUGUCCAUCUUGACACAGGAUGUGGCAGACGUCUCCUCUGUGGGUCUAAGAUACCAGUUUGUACCCCCAACGGUGGAUCGAAAUCAGCCCGUCAAGGCAUACGAGCUUGGCAGGGAAUGCAUUUUGGAAGUUCCUCUGACAGAUAUACAAAAGUCCAUCCUUUUUGAGGGCACUGUUCUCAAGACCCAUCCUGAGGCACAUAAUGUGGGUGCUCAAACAUAUUUUUUAUCAUAUUCCGAGGGGAAACCAGUACAGUUAAAUCGACUUGGACGAACACUUAAAGUCAGCAAAACCCGAAAUGCUGGUAAAACCGAAAACAAGUUGCAGCUGUGGAUGUCUGCGAAGAAGGAUCUGCCACCAGAGAACCAUGUACCUCAAAAUAGGCCGACAACAGCUAGCAAACGAGCAAGCAAAAAACCACCACAAAAACUGGUGCAAAAAACGGUCCACAAACUGGUCCAAAAUCCUCCAAAGUCAGAAGACCUGCAAGAUGUUAUUAUAGAUGAGGCUGACUUUGAUAGUCUCAAUUCCGACCCCGAGGACGGAUUUCCUGUGAUCGAUUUCGAAGACGAAAAUUCUCUGGAAAUCAACCAAAAAAAUGGCAAUGUCGAUGACGAUGUCGAUGACGAUUUCAAGGCGCUUGAAGAUGAACUAGCUCAAGUUAUGGGGCUGCCGCAGAGCGAGGAGAGCGACGCCGACGAUUUUCCGGCGCUGAUCACCACCACUCCGGUAAUUAUAGACGAAAAAAAGCCAGCUGUAGAUCAGCGGCGAACCAGUAGAUCGCAAUCGCGACCCAUGAGUAUGCGGGAAUGGGUACAUAAUGGUGUAGGAGGGUCCAGUGGGCCUGAAUAA